AGCUGAAGCGUGAGGAAGCUCGGAGUUCUCUGUGCAAAGCUUUUUAUACUUUUAUAUUUUAAAGGCAGAGUUCUUUCAGAGAUGGACAAAGAGCUUACGACGUCUAGGAAAGAAAACUGAGGAGAGUAAAACUUAGAAGACCCCCGAGUACAACCAGCGAACUGCAGCGAUUUCACUAGAUCGCCCGUCAGCAGAGAUGCCCUGCGUGCAGGCUCAGUAUGGCACCUCUCCUCCGGGUGCCAGUCCUGCGUGUCAGAGCUACAGCUACAGCGAGUACAGCUGCGAUUUCCUCACGCCCGAGUUCGUGAAGUUCAGCAUGGACCUGACGAACGCAGAGCUCGCCGCCGCGUCUUCGUCACUGCCCAGCUUCAGUACGUUCUCCGACACGGCCGGCGGCACUGCGAGCUACGAGGCCAAGCCUCCAUGCCUGUACCAGCUCCCCCACUGCGCCGAUCAUCUCUCGGUCAAGUCGGAGGAUGGAACCGGGGCACACUCUGGCUACGCGCAUCACCAGCAGCAGCAGCACGGGCAGCACGCAGAGGACCCCGCUGUCGCCGCCGCGGCCGCCGCUGCUGCUGCGUCUUACUACAAACCGUGUCAUUCGGGCUUCGCUCCGGCGUGGGACGACGCGUCGUCUUUGCACGGCUUCCAUCCGGGCUACCUUAUGGAGCAGCAGCGCAAGAGCGCCGUGACGCGCUUUUUCUCGUUCAAGCCGUCUGCGUCGAGCGCGCACGUCUCCGCAUGUCACAUGCGCUUCGACGGCGCCGCACAACACGGAUUCGCUCCGCUGAGGAAGCAUCAACAGCAGCAGCAACAACAGCAGCAGCAGCAGCAGCAGCACGCACAACACCACAGCCUGGGAUUCGCGCAUCACAACCUGCACAUCAGCCACGGACGAGUGCUGAUGGAGAGCCCCGUUGCCUCUGCUUCAUCUUCUUCGUGCUCACCGAAUGCCACGCGCGGCCCCGCGCACGGAGAGGGUCUGUGUGCGGUGUGCGGUGAUAACGCCGCGUGUCAGCACUACGGAGUGCGCACGUGCGAGGGCUGCAAGGGGUUCUUCAAGCGCACGGUGCAGAAAAACGCCAAAUAUGUGUGUCUGGCCAACAAAAACUGCCCCGUGGAUAAACGGCGGAGGAACAGGUGCCAGUACUGCCGCUUCCAGAAGUGCCUCGUCGUUGGGAUGGUGAAAGAAGUCGUAAGAACGGACAGUUUAAAAGGUCGACGAGGUCGUCUCCCGUCCAAACCCAAAGGCCCCCAGGACGUACCCGCCUCCUUAUCACCUGCCAAUCUCCUGAGUUCCCUGGUGAGGGCCCACAUGGACUCCAACCCCACCGUAGGUCGCCUGGAUUACUCCAAAUUUCAGCCCAACCCGGACUUCCACGGCGCUGGAGACGAGACCGUUCACAUCCAGCAGUUUUAUGACCUCCUAAUGGGCUCCAUGAGCAUCAUCCGCAGCUGGGCGGAGAAGAUGCCUGGCUUCACCGAACUCCCGAAAUGUGACCAGGAGCUGCUGUUUGAUUCCGCUUUCUUGGAGCUCUUUGUCUUGCGCUUGGCAUACAGAUCAAAUCUGAUGGAAGACAAGCUGGUUUUCUGCAGCGGCGUCGUCUUGCACAGGAUGCAGUGCGUGCGAGCGUUUGGAGAGUGGAUCGACUCAAUCGCCGAGUUCUCCUCAAGCCUCCAGAGCAUGCGUGUCGACGUGCCGGCGUUCUCCUGCAUGGCUGCUCUCACCAUAAUCACAGAGCGCCACGGCCUGAAGGAGCCCAAAAAGACAGAGGAGCUUCAGAGUAAGAUUUUAACCUGCCUGAAGGAUCACGUGGCCUGCAGCGGACAUCUGUCAAAAAUCCUGGCCAAGUUGCCUGAGCUUCGCACGCUGUGCACACAAGGACUUCAGCGCAUUUUUUACCUGAAGCUGGAGGACUUGGUUCCGACGCCUGCUAUCAUCGAGAAGCUCUUUCGCGACACGUUACCAUUCUGAACAUGUGGAACUUUAUCAGAGUUUUAUACGAUCCCCUUCAAGCCAAGGAGGUUUACUUUCACUCUCCUUGGACUGAAAGCGACACAACAGCGCAAGAGCUAAGAGCAGAUCUAAGAACUAGCCCUUUUCUGGUCUUGUUGGAAAACAAGGAAAUCAUCCUCCGAACUUGUUAACCAUUUAUUCACCCCUUUAUUAAAACUUCCAGACGUCAUCAUCAUCGUAACUGAACACUUUUCACAAUAGUUUCACUGUAGUUCCUUGAUUAUAUGCUUUUGAAUAAUAAGCUUGGGUUUGGGGAUUUUAAAGGGAUGUUAAUUAAAAUUUAUCCAUAAUACAAUAAUGCAGUUUGAAAAUAUCUAAGCUAUUGUUAUUAUUACAUCUAUGCAUUUAUUGACAGAGACAGAGAAGAGUGCACUAGUGUGGACAAAAUCAAGCUUGAUCAAAAAAUGGAUUCGGACAAAAUGAAUUCUGUCAAAGAAUUGAGUGAAAAAAAACAAGUACUUUUUAAUUAAAUCACGAAUUAAAUUUAGAAGUUAAGAUCUUGGGUUAAGAUCUUUCUGACUCUAUAACUACACAGAGUGGCUUUAUGGCCAAAUAAGCUGACCUUUUGUUUUAUUGUGAUGCUGUUUUUUGUCUUUUUCUUUGUGAUGCAAAGCCUGUUUUGUUUUUUUUUUUGUACCCGCGAUGAUAUUAAUGUGAUUAAUUUGAUGAACGCAGCUUUUGCGCUCCCGACUUAAAGUCUUUAUGUCAUUUGAGUGAUUAUAAAAGUCACACUCACAGCAUGGACACUAUAAAACACUUCAUUUUCAUUCUAUGGCAAAACUAUUGGAUGCCAUUUGCCUUAUCUUAUCUUAUCUUAUCUUAUAUUAUAUUAUCUCUCAAAAGUUCCGAAUUAAAUAAAACGCGUCAAACGAAGCGCGUCUUUUGCGUUUCCUCCUGUAAACAAAACGAAAGAAAAGAAAUAAAAAGACAGACAGACAGACAGACAGACAGACAGAAUUCCCCAUACGCAGAUUCUUUUUAUAGACUCCCUAUAUUUUGCAGUGUUUAAGACUGAACAGUGUAUAAAGCUUUGCCAUUUUUACCGCAUCACUUUUUUACGCAUGAACACGACGAGCUCUUAAACCACUUUUCAUUUCAUAUUGAAAUAAGUCUUAAAUAAUAAUAUUUUUAAUGUGCGCCGUUUUCUUAUCAGUUUCUCAUUAACAUCAUGCCAGCGCGU